AAUCCGGUAACCCUCACAUCUCCCGCAGAAACCAUAUCAUUGGAAGGAAAGGAAGAAAAUGAUCAAGAAUCACUUACAACACUUCCUGAAGAGGAAAGACCUCAAGACCUCAACUCGGAUGCUCAGUCACGCGAUAGCACAUCAUCCGAAGCAUCGACUAAUUCAAAUGGUAAUAAAUUACCUCCAAAAG